AAAAAGCCUGAUUCGCCCUCUCUCUCCCAAGUCUCGGUAAUAGACAGAAAAUGUAGUUGACGUGUGAUGAAAAAGUCAUUCAACAGAGUGUGAUAUUAUUGUCACUGUGGGAAACACGUGGCUGGCCCGGCGCGUCGACGUCACUACGUCACCAAGACGCUUUACGUCGUGAGCGGUUGACAGCCACCGGAGCCAAAACCGAGCGGAGAGUUAAAUCCACCAAAACUUACACGAUAUUUCAAUUUCCAAAGCAUGACAUCGCUGACUUUUGGGCUAACCCUUGUUCGACAUGGGGAAACACAGUUCAACAAAGAUGGCCUUCUGCAAGGUCAGACCAUAGACUCUCCGUUGUCUGAGGUGGGUCUGCAGCAGGCGGAGGCUGCAGGGCGAUACCUCAAGGAUGUCAAGUUCAGCAAUGUUUUUGUCAGCGACAUGCUGCGGGCCCAGCAGACUGCUGAGACGAUAAUGAAACACAACAGCAGCUGUGCGGCUCUGAAAUUGGUGUCUAACCCUUUGCUGAAGGAGAGGAGCUUCGGGAUCACUGAGGGACGACCAGUGCAGGAGCUGAGGGACAUGGCCAAGGCAGCGGGUUCGUCAAACCCGGACUUCACUCCUCCAGGAGGGGAGAGCCAUGCGCAGGUGAAGGACCGGGUCAAAGAGUUCCUAGAGCUCAUGCUUCAGCAAAUUGGGGCCGAACACUGGCAGGAAAGAGGGCAGAACGAAACCGCCCCGUCCUCUGACCCAGAAACGUGUCCUCUGGAGGGAAAGGCGGACGACGGGGUCAGGAAUGUCCCGGUCCAUGUCCUGGUGGUCAGCCACGGUGCCCUCAUACGUGUGGCAGUGCACCACUUUGUGGAGGAGCUGCACUGCCCCUUGCCUCAGGGCUCAGAUAAAGCACACAUGUUCUCCCUGUGUCCCAACACGGGACUGUGCCGGUUCCUCCUCACCAUGAGGAAGGAGGACGACGGCUUCAAGGUGUCGGAGACGCGCUGUGUGUUCGUUCACAGGGGAGACCACGUCAAACAGUAGGAGCAGGAGGGAGGAGGUGGUGAGGGCCGAGCAGGAGAUAACAAUGACAGAUGAACAAGCUGCACACUGAAACCUGAAUGUAAAACUUUUAUAUAUUAUUCUGUAUUUAUUAGUUCCAUUUGGAGCUCAUAAUUACCUCACCAUACAGCUGAUCCAAAAAUUUAAAUCUUUGGUUGAACAAAUCAGUUUGCAGGUUUUCCCUAGUAUUCAUUCUAAGUAUUUUAUUGGUAAUGAAAUAGUCAAAAACACAUUUCUUAAUAUUGUUUAGCACUGGCAAUUUUUAAGCAUUAAAACAGUUAAAUACACACACUUGAUCAGAUAUCCAGAUUGUACGAUUCAUAAUUCCAGUAAUAAAUUACAAAGAUAUGGAGUAAAUGUCAAAGAUGGGUAACAUCCAUCAGGCACAGGGAUGUGAGCGUUUGGCUUAACAGAACAAAUUUUAAGGAAAUAUAAGAAACAAAUUUUCUUUGUGUAGUGAUUUGAUUUGAUUCAGAGUUUAAAAAACUGCAACCAACCAGCCAAAAUUUUAUGAAAUGUAAAU